AUGCGCGCGGGCCAGUCUGGUGUCCUGACGCUCCGACUGGGGCAAGCAGGUACCUAUGUGAUCAACAAGCAGCCACCCAAUCAACAGAUCUGGCUCAGCAGUCCCAAGAGCGGACCAAAAAGAUUCGACUACGAUACGAGCGCAAAGCAGUGGUUUUCCAACAAGGAGGGCAUCACUGUCACUUUGCAGGAGCUGCUAGACGAAGAGCUGAGCGCAGUGUUUGGCUUCGACGUCAACGUCGAUCUGCAUGGAGACCAUUAA